UCUCGCGCACGAACACGAAUUAAUUUUUUUUUGCGCGGUGUGAAUUAAUUUAAAUAUCUUUUUGUGUCUCUUGAAGAAAGACAAAAAAACAUGAAGAAAUUUUUUAAUUUUUUUCUUUUUGCGGCAUUUCAAGUGACUUUUGUCUACAAUUAUGCGGAGGAUUACGGACAACGUGCAGCUUAUUUGGAAGGACGAGUCGGGGAACACGUAAUUUUCAAUUGUCACAUCGAUUUUCCGCAAGAUACGCCAAUUCCGUACGUUUUGCAUUGGCUGAAAGACGGAAAGAUGAUUUUUUCGUGGGACGAUGGCGUUUUUAAUGCUGCCGAGAAUUUCGUUGGGAGGAUUUUGUUGCUCGAUAAACACAAAGGACAUCCGCAUUUGGGCAGAGCUUCGAUAAAUUUGACGUCGAUUCGAGAAAAUGACAGCGGAUGGUAUCAGUGCAAAGUUUAUUUUCCGAAUAGAACGCCGAGUUCGCUGAAUAAUGGAUCGUGGUUUCAUCUUGCAGUCGAUGGCGAUGCGUUGCUGAAAAUUCCUCCGAUUAAUCAAACUGUGAUGGAAGGAGAUCCAGCGAUGUUUCGCUGUAUCGUCAAGAAUCCCGACACGAUGCACGUUGAAUGGUUCAAAGAUGGCAUUCCGAUAGUUGAGCUCUCGGAUUUAACGUUUCGCACGACAGUUCAUCGCGAUGGCAUGGUAAUUAGUCCGACGGUGAUGAGCGAUUUGGGAGAAUACAAGUGUCAUGUAAGGAGUAAUAGCGGAGAUCAAAGUGUGUCGGCUUUUUUAAAUGUUCAAUACAAAGCAAAAGUAAUUUACUCCCCAUCAGAAGUUUACUUCCCUUAUGGUCGUCCCGGAAUCUUGGAUUGUCAUUUUCGUUCAAAUCCUCCCUUGACGAAUCUCAGAUGGGAAAAAGAUGGAUUUCUUUUCGAUCCGUACAACGUUCAAGGAGUUUUUUACAAGCGAAAUGGCAGUUUGUUCUUCAAUAAUAUCACGGAAGAACAUGCAGGACGAUACACUUGCACGCCAUAUAACUCGUUAGGAACUCAAGGUUCGUCGAAAAUCAUUCACGUGAUUGUUCAAAGUCCUCCAACGUUCAGCGUAAGACCGAAACAAAUUUAUAUCACGAAAUUGGGAGAAGAAGUAGAAUUGCAUUGUGCAGCAACGGAUCCCGCUAAUGAACAUUUUCAACCGCAUGUCGAAUGGAUAAGGAAAGACGGAUAUCCCCUUCCUCGAGGAAGAUACGACUUAAACGAAGGCAAUCUCACAAUUCGAGACAUCAAAGAACAAGAUCGCGGAAUUUAUUCAUGUACAACAAGAAACCAGGCUGCCUCCAUUUCUGUCGACUCAGAAAUCAUGAUCGAAAACGUUUCCCCGAUGGCGCCUUACAAUCUCACAGCAAAUUCUUCUUCAACCGCCAUCACUUUACGUUGGGUCCCCGGCUACAUUCGCUCUUAUUUGUCGUAUCACGUGUGGUUCCGUUCCGUAAUUGCGCAAGAAUGGCGCGCUACAAAAGCAGAUACUGACACGGAAAAGACAAUUUACAACCUUGAGCCGUCGCACGAGUACGAAUUCAUGGUUUUAAGUCAAGAUCGUUAUGGCGACGGGCUUUUUAGCAGAGCAUUUAAAUACGCGACGAAACCUCUUUCAUAUUCGGAGCCCGUUGAUGCGUUUCAAAAUUCUCAAAUGGCGUCUUUUAGUCAAAUUGGGCCUCCGCAAAAUCUAACUUUGGAAAUAAAUGAAGAUGGCGAGUACAUUCUUUCGUGGGAAAGACCCGAAUAUGGAUUCGAAACACUUCGUUAUUAUAUUCUCCGUUGGUGGAAAGAACCUGAGAAUAUUCUUUAUGGAGAAGUUAAGACGCCUGAUUAUCAGUAUACGGUUCUUGAAAACCUCCGCGAAGACGAAGUUUAUCGUUUCCAAGUCUUUUCUCUCUCAACAACGGAUUAUUUAGCUGGAAGCAACGAAGUUACAAUCCUCGUGCCGCCUUACAAUCGUGUUCGUGCAACAACCAUCGGAAGCGCCGUCGGAGUUGUCGUCAUUUUAGCUUCAAUCGUCGCUGUUAUUCUCUACAUGAGACGUUCUUUCACGCGUUUCAAGUAAUUUUUAGCACUUUUCAUUCACAAAAACCCCAAAAAAUGUAAAAUAACUUUAAAAAUAAUAAAAAUUCUCCUUACU